AUGAGACCUAAUUUGCUUUCUUUUGGUGCAGGUCAACUAGUUUUGAGGACAAAACUUUUUCAAGAGGGAGGGGAUGAUGCGAUCAUGGAUGAGGAGGUUCAGGAAAAGCAGCUUUUGGCCGAGGAAGAAGAUGGAAUGGAGCAGCUUGAAGCCGAGGAGGGACUUGAAGCCGCGCAACUUGAACCUGAUGGAGCUAAACAUAUGGAGCUGGAACCUGACGGAAUUAAAGAGCUUGCAGCUGAGAAGGAGCUUGUUUCCAAGGAUUCUGUAGCUGCGCCAAUGGAACUGAUUACUCAUUCUGGAGUUAAUCUUGAGCCAAGAUGGAGAAGACAUGAUCCUAAACCUCCCUGGUUUUUGAUCCAAGCUCAAGAGAUCAGCAAAUGGGCAUGUGUCUCAUUUGUACUCUUUUUCCCUUGUCAAGUUUUGUCCCAAUGGGUUUUCUUGACAAGCAUACCAUUGGGAUCCCUUGAUCCAUUCACUCGUGGAAGACGAAUUCAAGGCAUUGCUUUGAAUCGGAUGAAAGACAUGGUCUCCAAAGCAAGACAAAAGGGGUUCGACCAAGUUGGAUUGGGGAAACAUUGUGGGAGACAAUGUGCGCUUACUGGUCCACCGAGGAGGCCAAAGCGAGAGAAGUUCUACUGCAUCAAAUGCAAUCAAAUUUCCGAAAGAUGGACUUGGCAAGCGCAUACAUCGGUCAGGACAAAAGUCCUAUUCACGCAUUCAGAGAGAUAUGAGGACGAGAUGUCUCAGCUCAUGGAUGACGAAACUGAUUGUUCUUCUGAGCUUACCACAGCUGCAAAAGACAAUGUCUUUCUCAAGUCUACGGUAACAGAUGAUAGAGGCCAAGAGUUCGGUCUUGGUAGUCUCCGGAGACACUAUGGCAACGGGAAGAGGAAGGGAGGGCCAGGGACCUCAACUGUCUCUGCUAUUUCGGAGAUGCAAGAGCAGUUGCAAGCUGCUCAAUGCAAAAUUGAAGAGCAGGCAGCGUCUAUUGCUGCACGGCAAGAUGAAUCAGCUCAGCAACGUGACCGCAUCGGCAACCUGGAGAUGGUCUUGAGCUAUCUGAAGUCAACAGAUCCAAAGUUCACCGACUAUGUAGCAACCCUUUCUCAUGCAGCAGCUUCAAAUCCGAGUGAGGAAGGUACUCGUUCACCUAGAGAACCCACCUGA